AGGUGCUGCCGCCAGCCUCCUGCUUUCGAAAGCAUCGAUAAACUAGAUGCGCACGAGCGGCGGGUUUGCGCCCGAACUGCUGCCGGGCACAGAAGGAAGCACUCCGCGUUUCUGCAGGCUGCAGCCAGCAGUGAGAGUUGGCCUGGCCAGAUUAGCUAACCUACCUCGAUGCGUGCGCUCAGCAGUCGGGCAUCGCUCAACCGUGAGUGUGUGUGGACCGCGCGCGUACAUGCUAGUAGCCCAGUGACACAUUGAACGACGAUAGCGAAACGAACUCAGGUGCAGCAAUCUCGCAGGAUGUCACCUUGAUCGGGGGAGGCUGCGGCGGGGCAGGAGAGCGCGCGCGAUAAAUUUCGACACGCACGCAGUACUAGUUACCAAGGGACGAAAAAAAUGUUAUCGGCCGAAAGGAGUGACCACCGCCGCGUCGACGACGAGACAGCAGCACGCAACCAGCAGCAGCAGCGCAGCUAAAACGUCUCGCGCGCGUGCCGAAUGUGUGUCGGUGCAUCCUAAUCGCACAGGUGAUUCUCGAGAUUCGGCCGGGGGUGGCAGCGCACGAGCAACAGCUAGGCGCCUGUUCAUACCAACUAGUCGUACGAAGCGCGCCGCAGGACGCACAAGUCUCUAGCGCAACGCAGCGCACCAGUCGAAAUCGAAAGAGAACCAACAACAACUUUCAACAAUAUUCAAUUAGAAUGCAGCGCGACGACGGUCGCGGCCACCGGCGCCCGUUUAUCGAUGCGUGAUUUAACGCGCUUCAUCCCCCCGAGCGCGCAUCAUCGAGCGGACGUGCGGACAUUUGCGGCACAGAUGCGGAAAAGCGUUCGACUUGCCAUAUCGUCGAUGUCACGCUGAUCUAAUAAAACUCGAACGGCACACCUACACACCGCCAACGGGACGACGGACGGACGGCCCAGCAGCAGGUUGAGAAGGGUUGCGACGUGUGAGUGUGCGAUUGUCAUCGGCGGCGAUGUCGGCGGUGCAGGGUCGAAGCAGCACGACGACGCUGCCCGGCGGUGGUGGCGGCGGCGGCACGCCGACCAACUUCGUCUCGCUGCGGCCCGUCGAAGUACCGCCGAUGCUGCAGGCCGGCGAGAAGUUCAUCAAAUGGGACGAGGACUCUGGAGUGGGUACACCAGUGACGUUAUACGUCGACCAACAUGGCUUCUACAUCUACUGGACGGAUCAGAACAAGGAAACCGAUCUGCUCGAUAUCGCAACCAUCCGAGACACGCGGACUGCGAAAUAUGCUAAAAUACCAAAGGAUCCGCGCCUUCGACAAAUCGUCACGAUGGGCUCGCAGGACACGCUCGAGGAGAAAACCGUCACCGUGUGCGUGGCGAGCGACUUUGUCAACAUCAACUUUAUCAAUUUCUGCUGCACGCGCAAAGAGAUCGCCAAGCUGUGGACGGACUCGCUGAUGAGCCUCGCGUACAACUUGAAUCGCAUCAACGGCACGAACAGUAUGUUUUUACUCAAGGCGUACACAAAGAUCUCGCUCAUUCCCAACAAAACUGGAAAAAUCCCAGUGAAAAAUAUUGUGAAAAUGUUUGCUCAAAAUAAAGACGACCGAAAGCGCGUGGAGAAGGCACUUGACUCGUGUGGUUUCCCUUCCGGUAAAAACGACGCCAUCAAUCCGGAAAAAUUCACCUACGACGACUUCUUCAGCUUUUACAAACAUCUCACACAGCGCACAGAUCUCGAAAAGGUUUUCUAUGAAUUAUGCGGUUCGACUGGCUCCCAGAAAAAGGUCACAAUGUCAACUGAUCAGCUCGUCGCUUUCCUCAAUAAUCAGCAGCGCGAUCCGCGUCUGAACGAGAUUCUCCAUCCGUACGCGAAUGCGGAGCGUGCGAAAGAUCUGAUAACACAAUACGACUCCAAGUCGAACGCACAAAAGGGCGUGCUGUCGUGCGACGGCUUCCUGAAAUACCUGAUGUCCGAAGAUAAUAAUAUUAUCGCGUUGAGCAGCUACGACCUGUGCGAGGAAAUGGACCAGCCGCUGGCGCACUACUUCAUCAAUUCGUCGCACAACACGUAUCUGACGGGACAUCAGAUUACCGGCCGCUCGAGUGUGGAAAUCUAUCGCCAGUGUCUCCUAGCUGGGUGCCGUUGUGUUGAGUUGGAUUUCUGGAAUGGCCGUACUGAAGAACCCGUCAUUGUACACGGCUAUACCUUCGUACCGGAGAUCAGUGCCCGUGAGGUUCUAGAAGCUAUAGCCGAAAGCGCUUUUAAGACUUCCGAUUUUCCCGUCGUGCUUAGUUUUGAAAAUCAUUGCAAUCCACGCCAGCAGGCAAAGAUAGCGAAUUAUUGUCGGGAUAUUUUCGGAGAUAUGUUAUUGGCUGAACCAUUGGAAUCGCACAAGCUGGAACCCGGUGCUUCGCUGCCACCGCCUUCGUUGUUACGCCGGAAAAUUAUCAUUAAGAACAAGAAGAAGCAUCAUCACCAUCACAAGCGUGCACAUCCGCAUCCGGUGCAGCAGGAAUCUAUAAACGAAUCUUCGAAUACCGGAAACGGCGAGAUCUCCACCCACGCACAUGCCCCGCCGCUGCAAACCAGACAAGGCUCAAAGGAAUCGACGGCCACCGAGGAAGAAGACUCUUCCAGCGAUGAGGAAGUCGAUGGCGGCGAUCCGGAACCGCCGAGCGAAUCGCAGGACGGCACGGCCGCCGGCGAGAAGGCGCCGGCUGCGAAGGAAACCGAAGCCGGCGCUGAAAUUUCAGCGCUCGUAAAUUACGUGCAGCCGGUGCACUUUUCGAGCUUCGAGAAUGCGGAGAAAAAGAGUCGCAACUACGAAAUGUCCUCGUUUGAUGAGCGGCAAGCGACCACGCUGCUCAAGGAGAGUCCGCUCGAGUUCGUCAACUACAACAAACACCAGUUGAGCCGCGUUUAUCCGGUCGGCACUCGUUUCGAUUCGUCCAACUUCAUGCCGCAGGUGUUUUGGAAUGCCGGCUGCCAGCUGGUGGCACUCAACUUCCAAACGUUGGACCUUGCAAUGCAGCUCAAUCUGGGCGUGUUUGAGUACAAUCAUCGUUGUGGGUAUCUCCUGAAGCCGGAAUUUAUGCGACGCAAGGACCGACGAUUGGAUCCGUUCGCCGAGAAGAAUGUCGACGGCAUCAUCGCUGGCACUGUGAAAAUUACUGUGAUAUCUGGACAAUUCCUUACCGACAAACGUGUGGGCACCUAUGUUGAUGUGGAUAUGUACGGUCUGCCUGCGGAUACGGUGCGGCGAAAGUUUCGCACGAAAACCGUGUCCAAUAACGGCAUCAAUCCGAUUUACGAUGAGGAGCCGUUUGUUUUCAAGAAGGUCGUCCUGCCGGAGCUGGCCAGCAUACGAAUAUCCGUCUAUGAGGAGUCGGGUAAACUCAUCGGGCAUCGGGUGUUGCCCGUGAUCGGAUUGUGUCCCGGCUACAGGCACAUGAAUCUGCGUAGCGAACUGGGCCAGCCGUUGCCGUUGGCGACGCUGUUUUUGCAUAUUGUCGUCAAGGAUUACGUGCCCGACGGACUGAGCGACUUUGCGGAAGCGCUCGCGAAUCCCAUUAAGUAUCAAAGCGACUUGGAGAAGCGAGCCGAACAAUUGGCUCGCCUCACCGACGGCAUGGAUUGCAUCGAUGGCGAAGAGGCAAAGUCAACGCCGCCGGCAACAGCCGUCGCCAAACCGAAGGAUUCAACCGCUACUAAUGGCAGUCCGACAACACGCCCGCCGAUAAACAAACCAGCCGCAAGCAUUGAUCUCAACACGGACCAGCUGGAUCCGGUACCGACCAGUACAAGUAUUCUCACCUCGGCCAUGUCUGUCGAGCAGUCGAAUUCGAUUGUGAAAACGCCCGAAAUCGGAGAUAAAAUGGAGGACAUUGUGGCCGAACCGCUGGAUAAACUACUGAACAAUAAAUCUGUCAAGGAAAAACGUCUGGAGCUGGAGAAGAAGCUGGAUAGUUUACGAAAAAAGCACGAGAAGAAAAAGUUGACGCUGCAGUCGCAAAAGUCGAGCGAUUGCGGCGGCGAGAAGCGAUCGAAAUUGAUUAAUAUCAAACUUGUCAAACGACUCUCCAGUAAAAACAUCGGCGUAUUCGCAACGGAAUCACCGAGUUCCGAGCCGUUGACCAGCGUCGCCGACUGUCCGGAAACGAGCGACGGCAGCGAACGCCCGAUAUUGCCUCGAAGUCAAUCGGAGCGUUUGCUCGCCGCAAACAGGGACUUUGUCACACAGGAGAAGGAACUGCGUGAGAAGUAUCACGACUUGAUCUACAACACCGCCGAUAAGAUAAUGAAAGAUUCGCAGGCGAACCAGAUAAAAAUCCUCACGACGCAAUUUGAACGCGAAACGGUCGAAACCAUGCGACGGCUGCAGGCAAAUCGCAAGGAAGAAGUCAAAGCGCUUUCGAAAAUUCACCGCGAUCGGGAUGAAUUGGUUCGGGUGAAGCGUGAAGUCAACAGUGCUGUGGUAGAUCGAGGCGUGAUUGAACGCGAAAGACUUGCUCGAUUGUUCGAACAGAAACGCGACGACAUCACGCGACAACACGAACAUGUCAAGAACGCUCUGCAGGAACAUCGCACCAAGGCGAAGCAAGCGUUAAACAAAGAGUUUGAGAUGCGUAUGGCGCGGGUGGAAAACGAGCCGAUGACUUAAGGGCCCACUUGGCGGCCACAAGCGACAACGGCGAAACAAUCAGCAAAAAUCUUGAACCUUUUUGUGGUGUCGACAAUCGAAUUCGGCGAUUCGGCGCGCGCGACGCCCGGAAUCAACUCGAGCUGUGUACCUUGCGAACGACGAAGACGUUUCUAUCAUCGUUAACAUUUCAGCCUCACGACGACGAUUGAUACCAACUAGCCAACUUUACCUUUUCUGCAAUAUUACGAUACAUUCACACACACACGAGGAAAGCAACCGGUGUCACCAUCGAAACUAUUUAUAAGAAACGGAAACACAUUGCCGAUGCUGGCAAAACAUUUUCGCGACAAUCAUAACCGAUGUGUACAACAACAACCGCAUUUAUAGACUAGUGUGCUGUCCAUGCGACGCACAUUAAACAUAAAACAUUUGCGAAAAACGAAUGGUGCAUUACGCAUACUGUAAGUAGAUUGUACGGUCGAUGUCGUAUCAUUGUGAUAUUCUAGUUGUUACGUUCAGAUUAGUUUAGUUGGUUUUUCUAGCGUUUUAGGUAAACAUGAUGAUGAUAUUUUUGUUGCGCGCUUCUCGGUUGAAUUUCAUAGUUUAUUUGUGCCAUGGUGUCACACAUGCCAAUCAUAGCCCGCACAGAAACUUGUGUUGUACAAAUUGAUAGCGCGAUUAGCGAAUGGCAAGCAGCGUAAAUAUAACAAAUGUCGAUUUAUUCUAAAGUGACACGGACGUUGCAAUAAUGAAACGAUUCUAAUUAGUUUAUCGGUUGCGGGCCAAAUAAUCGUAAGAAAUCGACCCGCUUUGGUGUUGGCACAAAUCUCUGCGUCGAUUUCAAUGUUUUAUUGAAGCAAUAUACAGGGUGUUAUUACAAGUUAAACAAACCUAAACCAAUUAAUUGAUAAACACGUAGGAAAGAAUGUGCAGCGUCUCAAUAAAGUUUACAAAAACAGGGUUGACGGGAACGACGGAAACAAUGUAGAAUUACUUAAGUAUGUAAUCAAUCUAAUGUAAUGUGAUGUGGCACUUAUGAAAAUGCACACGAUGCAAGCAACAACGUCAUUAAACGGCAUUAAUUACUUAAACGAUUGCUUAGGCACAAUUUUAUGUUAACAUACGGGUAAAUGCAACACUUUACGCUCAACAAUUAGCAAUAAUACGUUUGAUUUACGCACAAUCACCACUCGAACGCUCGAAUUUAAAUUUUUAUUGGGAUUCCAUUGCGUUGCACACGAUUGAUUACAUAUUUUGCGCGAUGUGCUUUUCAACUAUUUUAAUAUUGGUUCAAGUAAAGAAACUAAAUCACAUCAUAGUAAUAAAUAUGUAUAAAGAAAAUGAAUGUUGCCAAAAUUGUCGUUGCUAGCGAUAUAGAUAGUCAUUACAUGCAAAUAUAAAUAUUAUUUAGAUAGUUAAUGAAAUGAAUUUCUAGGCAUUGCGACUAUGAUGAAAGAUGUGUUAUUAUAUAAAUAUAGACUUCGUGACAAGUCGCACACACGAGCUGGUUGAUUAGAUUCGCUGUAGAUAUGCUAGUUAUGUAAAUGUGUCGCUUGAGAGAGAUUUGUGAACACACAUGUUCAUGUUCGUUGUUAUCUACUUACUAUAACUACCAUCAUGUACACCACAUAUUUACGACUCAAUGGUUGUUAAUUAAUUGUUAGCUGAUUUGAACCACGGCCAUAACACAAACGCGAUCGAGAUUUCAAUAAAAUGGUCAGUUAUUGAAACGGGAAGGAAGGAAUUUACUCUUGUAAACACAGACAGGGAUUUUCAAACGUAGUUUUAGUUCGAAACUUAAUUGUUUACGACGAUGUUUAAGUAAGAAACGCCAUAUAUGCCAAUGAGAGGUACUUAUUACUUACUUUAAAUAAACACAACACACUCAUACGGACAGUAGCAAUAAAAAUCAAUCAAAUCACACUCUCUCUAUAUAUAUUUAUCUGUAAAAGAAGUUAUUGAAAAAGAUGUGUACUCUAUUCGAAAUUAAUCUAUUAUUCUAUGACUAUUCUCAACACAAAGAUGAAGAAAUGAUUGUGUACAUAAAUUAAAGUUUAGAUUUUGAAACAAACUGAAAACAAACAUUCGUAUUUCCUAUUUACCAACGGCCUACAUAUAAAUAUUUAUAUCAUUACAUUUGACGACACAUUCAUUAAUGUAAUUUAUAAUGAAUAUAGAAAAGAUAUAAUAUAUACAUUGUACUAAUAGAUAUAAAUAACUACAACGGGACGAAGGAUAGGAAGCCAUGCAUAUGAUGAGAGAAUUAGCCAGUUUUUAAUUAUGUAAUUGUCUGUUUUGUUAAAGAAUUAACUCAAAUUUAUUGUUUUUGUUAAUCGUUUUUAUGUUACUAUUGUUUUCUAUGCUAAUUUUAAAUUUUAAAGCUAUAUAUGUAUGUUUUUUUCUUGUCGGACGAUAUUUUACAUUCCGUUAUUGUUUAUUAAGAUGUGACGAGCGAUAAUCUGAAUCGGAAUUGUUGAUUGUUAGCAAUGUGUGUAGCGAAUGUAAUUGUAGCAAAACAAAUGCGUCGAAUUGAAAGAGUUGUUCUGUUAGAUUAGUCAAAAUGCUCCACGACUUCAGAGUUUGGGAAGUACUCACUCGCAAAUUGUAGUCUAGAACUGUUACUAUCAUGUAUAAAACUUAAAGAUAUAUAUAUAAUUUUAUGUUAGUUGCGUCUUUGACACAGCAUUCGUGCAUUUUGAACGCGAGAGUUGUGCUCUAAUGAAUGAAAAACAUGAAAAUAAUAUUCUGUGCUUUAUGUAAAUAGAGAAUUGACUAUGUUACUAUGUUUUAAGCAUAUAAUUAUUAUCAUAUUUAUGAAUCUCAUUUUCCAAACUGUGCCUUGGUCUCGUUUGAAUCUUUAAAAUAUUAAAAAUGCGUCGAAAUUCACCACACACGUUCACGUCGGUGCGAAAACUAAUUAAAAUCAUAAGCAAAAUGAUGGAUGAAACUGGAAUUGCGAACACAAACAGAGAAUCAAUGAAUGUAAACGUGUAUUGUGCGGGUUGGGCAAAAAAUUGUAAACAAAUUCUCACCCAUCUUUGACCCACACUCGUGUAAUUAUGCUCGACCAUCCUUUCCCUUUCAACCACCACCCACUAAGUACAUCUAACAUUUACUUAAGGAUAGUUAUAUACGUCACGUUUGGAAUGACGAUACGAUUUGCGAACUAAGUCUUGACGAAUUGAUAAUUUGUAAAAAAUGGUACCAUCGAUACGAUUACUAACCGUAUACAUUGCAUACUCAUGUAACUGUGUUUACUUACCUACUUAUUUAAAAAUUGAUGUGUCUAUUAAAAUAUGAAUAACUAUAAACUGAACUAAAUAUGAACAAAUAAACGAUAUUUAUGUGGAUGAUCAAUACA